UUCAUAAUCACUCCAUCGAUCAAACCUAAAAACACACACGCACAACACUCAUCCUCUCUCUCUAGUAACAACACAAAAUCCUAAAUCCCCAAAAUGGUUUCCUGGCUAUCAUCCCUCGUCAUUGCAGUGACAUUCACUAGCUUAUUCACCGGUCUAUCUGCUCGCCAUCUUCUCCAAUCAACACCAGCCACUCAACCACCGGUUACAACAACAUUCCCACCUCUUCCCAAACCCACAAUGCCACCACCAAUGCCUUCUUCGCUUCCUCAGCCAACUCUUCCUCAACCUGCAGCGUUUCCACCACUACCGAGCACACAGAUACCUCUUCUGCCUAACCCAACACAACCCAUUAAUAUCCCAAACUUUCCACAAAUCAGUAUCCCUAAUUUCCCAAUUAGCAUUCCAAACAACUUCCCCUUUAAUAUUCCCACUAGCAUUCCUACCAUUCCUUUCUUCACUCCACCACCUUCCAAGUGAGAAGCUAAGCUCUUUAAGUGUUGCCACACAACACAUUACCGUCUGUCUCACUCUCACACACACUUUAGUUGCACAUGUUUGUGGUGU